AUGAGCGAAGCUAGAGUUUUGAAAGACAUCCCUCUUGGGCCAAAACUAUGUGAUCAGGAUCUCGAAGACCUCGGCCGACAGUGCCUCAAGUUGGCUGCACAACUGAAGGGUCAACUUUCGGAGCUGAACCAUCCACUGCCAACAUUCUUCACCCAAAGCUUCGAUCGGUACCCUGCUCGAAAUCAGGCAGUGAACACUACGCGACACCAGCUGCGCGAAGCUGCCCAAACACUGUACGAGCUUGCUUGCGGGCCCGAUGAAAUUGUAACACGUGAGCUGUAUGCCAAGAUCCACGAUAUCAACGCUUUUACUUAUGUAUCUCGGUACAACGUAGCCGAGCAUAUCCCCGUGGAUGGAUCAAUCUCCUACACAAUACUAGCAGCAAAAAGCGGUACGGGAAUUGUCCAGCUACGUAAGGCUCUGCGCCACCUGAUGACGCUCCGUGUUUUCCACGAGAGUGAACCCGAGCACGUUACCCACAGCGCGGCCUCAAAGACACUCCUCGACAGCGGCGUCAAACUCUACAAUAGCUUCCUCUGUAAUGAGACGUCCAAAUUGGCUGUCUUCCAAACAGACGCAAUUGAGAAGUGGGGACAUGACUGCGUCGAGCCGGACCAGACGGCACACAACAUCGCCCACCGGACGAACAAGCCCAUCUUUCAGUACCUGAGCGAGAACCCUGCAAGGGCGGCUGAUUUUGGCCAGCUGAUGAGAUACCUCUUCAAGACGGCGGCCAUCGACAGCGAGAUGCUUCUCCAGUCUUACAAUUGGAGCGCACUUGGCGCUGCUACCGUAGUGGAUGUCGGCGGCAGCACUGGACAUUGUAGCGUGUUCAUCGCAAAGACCAACCCGGCCCUGUCUUUCAUCGUUCAAGACCUCCAGCACGUCAUAGCAGACGCCAGUGACCCGGCCAAAUGCGUCGUACCUGCUGAGAUGAGCAAUCGUAUUGUGUUCCAGGUGCACGAUAUGAUGGAUCCCCAGCCCGUUAUAGCAGACGUGUACUUUUUACGCAUGGUCUUACACGACUGGCCUGACGCAGUCUGCAGAAAAGCACUCCGUCAUCUUGCCACGGCUAUGUCUAAAAGACCCGGCUCGCGGUUGCUUAUCGUCGAUACCGUCUUGCCGCCUGCGGGACAGUGGUCCAGAGUCUUUGAACGGCCACUACGUGUUGCAGAUCUGCAAAUGGGGCUUUUCCACAACAGCAAAGAGAGGCAGCUUAGCGAGUGGGAGGAUCUUUUCCAUCAUUCACAUCCAGGUUUUCUCCUCAGGAGUGUUCUUAAUCCGCUAAAAGGUCCCUUCAGUAUUUUGGAACUAGUUCUUAGGGAAGGCUUUACUACAUAA